AUGCGUGCGCCAGCAGGGCCUGGCUCGCUCAUGUUGGGCGCACUGCGAUUGUGUGUGUGUGUGGCAUUGUGCCAUUUUGCGAUUGUGCACGCCCUUUUUGGCGAAGCCAUCUUAAAUGGUGUGCGGUCUGCGGCUGGAGUUGUAUGGCAGUCCGCGACGGGGCUCGGCACGCCGGCGCUCCUGGACAGGAUCGUCUCUUCCGAGACGGACUUGGUCGAGGACAUUGUGCACUCUAUGCAGCAUAAGUCUGUAUGGAAAGCGCAGGGCUUGUCAAUGGUAGACGGAAUACAGUACCAGAUGCUGAAGCACGAGGAUUACCCUGCGUACCAGCUCCGUGUAAAGAUCGCAGCCGAGGACGAAGAGCGAUUUUGCGACCCCGACGUGAAACAGAUCAGUGGCUACCUCGAUAUUGGACAAGACAAGCAUCUUUGGUUUAUUUUGUUUGAGUCGCGCUCGAAUCCAAGCAAAGAUCCGCUGCUGAUGUGGCUCAACGGUGGGCCAGGCUGCUCUUCCAGUACCGGGAUGCUCUUUGAGCUUGGCCCGUGCUGGGUCUCCGACAAGGGCGAGGGCACGCGGCCGAACGAGUGGGCGUGGAACUCAAAUGCAAACCUCUUGUUCCUUGACCAGCCCGUGCAGGUAGGCUAUUCGUACACCGACUCGGACAGUCUGGUCGAUACGUCUGCUGCCAGUGCCGCGGAUGUAUAUGCAUUCCUGCAGCUCUUCUUGGCGCGUUUCCCCGACUACGCUGAGCUGCCUUUCCACAUUGCUGCCGAGUCCUACGGCGGCCAAUACGCCCCCCACAUUGGUGCCGAGAUUCAUCGGAGGAACAAGGAGACGAACAUGAGCGACAAGGUUGGACCAAUCCACAUUCCUCUCACGUCGCUCAUGAUUGGCAAUGGCCUUUCCGAGCCGCAGAUCCAGUUUGCGAGUAUCCCUGAAUUCGCAUGCUCGCCAAAGAACAAGUACCACGUGUUUGAAGAAGGCAGCGAAGAGUGCACCAGCUUGCAGUCGAAAAGCGACACUUGCCAGAAGUUGAUGGAGAAGUGCGAGCGCCUUGACAACCGCCUGAUUUGCGUUCCAACCGCGCUCUUUUGCUGGGGCGCGCUGUACGCGCCGGUGCAAGCGCUUGGCGUGAACAUGUACGAUUUGCGCCGCAAAUGUGAUCGGGAGGUCGACGGGGAUCUUUGCUACCCCGAGAUGGGCUACAUGGAGAUCUUGAUGAACAAGCCGCACGUCAAGUCGCAGCUGGGCGUGCCGAGCCAAGUCACGUUCCAGAGCUGCAACAUGAAGGUCAAUCAGGCAUUCAUGCUCCAGGGCGACUCGAUGAUUGACGCCGCUGCGCUCCUGCCGCCGCUUCUGGAAGACGGCAUCCGUGUUUUGGUGUAUGCGGGCGAGGCUGACUUUAUGUGCAAUGCGAUUGGCAACCACGACUGGGUCGUAGACUUCCCCAACACGUUCCAUGACGAGAUUGCAAACGCGACCAAGACGCCCCUGUUUAUGCGCAGCGUCAAUGGCGCAAAGCCUGCGCGUGCUGGUUGGGUCAUCAAAGCGGGUGAAGGCGCCGGGAACCUCGCGUAUGCGUGGAUCAACGAGGCUGGGCAUAUGGUCCCGCAUGACCAGCCGCAAGUCGCACUGUCGAUGCUGAACAAGUGGCUUGCCAACAAGGCGUUGACCGAGUAG